AGGUAAGGAUAAUUUAAUUAAAAAAAAGAGAAAAAAAAAAAACAAACAAAACACGCAAAGGCCAUGUGGAAGCACACAGAGAGAGAAAAGAAAUUACUCUCUUAGUUCCCAUCAACAAGCAAUGUUUGGCCAUGUUCCAGGAAGCACGGCCUGAAUAUCUGUAGCAGUUCUUUGUGAGGACAGACGUCCUCAUAACAAGGGCCCCCCAUCUCGUUCCCCUUCCCCACCUUUUAUUGCUGAGUGUGACACCAUAUGGUAUGGAAUAUCCCUUCAGUUGUUUUAGGUCAGCUGCCGUGGUGGUGUCCCCUCCCACCUCUUCAGCUUCAGAAUCACUGAGGAAGGUAUUUGGACAGGGUUUGUUUAAAAUGCUUGAUCCUCCAGUAAAUAGUGAAGUUGAAGAGCUAGAUGUAGAAAUUCUUGCCAUAUUGAACAAGCAGACGUCAUGCUGAUGCUGAGCUGUCUGUGCCUCCUCUUUCCAAUAGGGUGUUUCUGUGCACCUUUUCAGUUCUCCAUAUUAUUUGUAAUUUCAUGUGUGAACUGGGGGAAAAUCAUAAACAGAGAAGCUGUCAAGUCAGUUUACUCUUCAGAGGCUGUUCUUCUGAGAGGAAGGCCACUGAUAAAUACUGCCUUAGUAUCAUGAAUUCAGAAGGAAUGCUUCCUGCACCGAUAAUGUGAUAAUAGAGCACGUUAACAGAUCACAACAAGAAUUCAGAUCUAUUCUUGUUGAAUGCAGUUUAUCUUUCCUUGCCUUUAAGUGGCUUUAUUGUCAGUUUUGUGUAGCAGCCUUCCCUGCUGCUCUGUUUCUGAAUGAAUCAAUUAGUGAUAUUACUGAUAGAGAUUUGUUCAGUUGUGUCACUGUGUCAUGCCUAAAAAACUUCUGUGUUCCUGGCAACGGUUGUUUUCUCAUACCGAGAUGGUUUUCUAGCUUCCUAAGACCACAAAUAGAGUCCAUGAUCUACUUGUCCUGUUCUUUAUUGAUUCCUGGAAAACAACCUGGUGACUGGGUGAGACGGCACAUCAGAGCCCAGGAGUGCUGCGUUCUGGGCUCUUACUGUGUGUCUUGCUGUGAAGUAUGAUACUGUGCUGCAGGAUCUAGAGACCAAGAGAUGCGCCACGGGGCUGUCAUGUGGGGAACAGAAACCUGAGGAAGCAGGAUCAUGGAUUUUCCAGGACACUUUGAGCAAAUCUUUCAGCAGCUCAACUACCAGAGGCUUCAUGGCCAACUUUGUGACUGCGUCAUUGUAGUGGGAAACAGGCAUUUCAAAGCCCAUCGCUCCGUUUUGGCAGCGUGUAGCACGCAUUUCCGAGCUCUCUUUACUGUAGCAGAAGGAGAUCAAACCAUGAAUAUGAUUCAGCUGGAUAGUGAAGUGGUGACAGCAGAAGCUUUUGCUGCUCUCAUAGACAUGAUGUACACUUCCACACUAAUGCUUGGAGAGAGCAAUGUUAUGGAUGUCUUGCUGGCUGCAUCUCACUUACAUUUGAACUCUGUUGUUAAAGCAUGCAAACACUACCUUACUACCAGGACACUGCCAAUGUCUCCACCGACUGAUAGAGUUCAAGAGCAAAAUGCACGCAUGCAGCGGUCUUUCAUGCUUCAGCAGCUUGGGCUGAGUAUUGUGAGCUCUGCCUUAAAUUCCAGUCAGAGCUCAGAGGAGCAACCAAACACAAUGAGCUCCACGAUGAGAAGUAACAUAGAACAGCGCACUACUUUUCCGAUUCGCCGUCUCCACAAGCGUAAGCAGUCUUCAGAAGAUCGGGCCAGGCAGCGAAUGAGGCCUGCCAUAGAUGAGUCUGUUUCUGAUGUGACUCCAGAGAGUGCGCAGUCAGUAGUUCAUUCACGGGAGGAUUUCUUUUCAGCAGAUUCACUGAAGAUUGUGGACAACUCAAAGGCUGAUGCCAUCACUGAUAACCAGGAGGAUAGUACUAUUAUGUUUGAUCAGUCUUUCAGUGCUCAGGAAGAUACUCAAGUGCCCAGCCAGUCUGACAACAGUGGAGGAAACAUUCCACAGAUGUCCAUGGCAUCCCAGGCAACACAAGUGGAAACCAGCUUCGACCAGGAGGCUGCAUCUGAAAAGAACAACUUCCCAUGUGACAAUCCAGAGGUCAGUUUAAACGAAAAGGAGCACAUGAGGGUGGUGGUUAAAUCUGAGCCCUUGAGCUCCCCAGAGCCUCAGGAUGAGGUGAGUGAUGUCACAUCCCAAGCAGAAGGCAGCGAGUCUGUUGAAGUGGAAGGAGUUGUUGUCAGCGCAGAGAAGAUAGAGCUAAGUCCUGAGAGCAGUGAUCGUAGCUUUUCUGAUCCGCAGUCUAGUACUGAUAGGGUGGGAGAUAUCCAUAUUAUGGAGGUGUCAAAUAACCUGGAACACAAGUCAUCUUUCAGUAUCUCAAAUUUUCUGAAUAAAAGCAGGGGUGGCAGCUAUGGUGCUAGUCAAAAUAAUGAUGACAACAUUCCAAAUACAACAAGUGACUGCAGAAUGGACAGCGAUGCCUCUUACCUGAUGAGUCCAGAAUCAGGGCCUGCUAGUGGUCAUUCAUCUGCCACGGUCUCUCAUGUUGAGAAUCCUUUCAGUGAGCCUGCAGAGUCUCAUUUUGUUAGACCAAUGCAGGAUGUGAUGGGUCUUCCCUGUGUGCAGACUUCGGGGUACCGGGCUGCAGAACAGUUUGGCAUGGACUUUCCACGGUCGGGCUUGGGCCUCCAUUCUCUCUCAAGAGCUAUGAUAGGCUCUGUAAGAGGGGGAGCCAGCAGCUUUCCUGGCUACCGCCGCAUAGCCCCCAAAAUGCCUGUUGUGACCUCUGUCAGGAGCUCCCAGCUGCAGGAUAACUCAUCCGGUUCCCAGCUGAUCAUGAAUGGGACCACUUCUUUUGAUAAUGGGCAUCCUUCACAACCUGGUCCACCACAGCUGACAAGGGCAUCUGCAGAUGUUCUUUCAAAAUGUAAGAAAGCCUUAUCCGAGCACAACGUCUUGGUUGUAGAAGGUGCACGCAAAUAUGCAUGUAAGAUCUGCUGCAAGACUUUUUUGACCUUAACAGACUGUAAGAAACACAUCCGUGUGCACACAGGAGAAAAGCCUUACGCCUGUCUGAAGUGUGGCAAACGAUUCAGCCAGUCCAGCCACCUGUACAAACAUUCCAAAACAACCUGUCUGAGGUGGCAGAGCAGCAACCUACCUAGCACUUUGCUUUAACCGUUUCCACCCCCCAGCCUGAAUGAGAGUGCCAGUACAAACUCUUUAACUCUCUGAAGCACUGCAGGAACUUUAACACUAUUUUGCUCAAGCUAAGAAGCUGCUCUCAUAGAUCCGUGAACACUUGUGUGUGGUUGUGCCACACGCAAAAGUCUUGGUUCUGUAAAUUGGGGAUAAUACCAUACCUACCUCACAGGGGUGUUGUGAGGCUUAAGCAACUGUUAGUGAAGAACUUUGUGGUCCUCAGAAGUCAGCACUACACAGUCUGUAGAUGUGUGAAAUGUUACUGUUACGUACAUGCAAGCCUGGGGCUUACAGGGAUACAGCCCCUAAAACUAAGUUCCUUUGCAUGGCAGAGGGGGUCAGGAUUGAGUGAGAGUGAUCUCAUGAAGUAACACGUUUCAAGAACGAGAAACUGAAGUGCUAAUUUCUUGUGUUUUUUUUUUCUCCUGAAGUAUUUUGUAAAAGUGAAAACAUUUAAAUAAAUAAUCUGCAAAAAUCAAGUUGUUGCAUUAUGUGUGAAUGGUAAUGCAAAGAGCUGUUUACUGCAGAUUGCAUAUCUUUAGAAGAAAAACAACUUUGGAUGCACCUGUCUGACAUAAAAUGCUUUAAAAUAUGCUAAUUAUAAAAUAGUUUUAGGGUUCUGAAUGUAUGUUUGCUUGUUUUGUAGUAAAGAACACUGUGUAAUGAAGGUGCUUAAAUUAAAUCCAAGACAAGUAACUUUUGGACUACCACUUGUAUAUAUACUUGGAAUACAGCAAGAUCUGGAUGUUUCACUGAUUUUUUUUCUCUGUAGAAGAAACUUGUAUUAAGUGAUAAGUGAAGUACUGUUUCUUGUUUGUGCUAUUCUUAGCAGUAUCUUAACCAAUUUGUAUUUCCUAUCUUAAAAUUCCAUAUACACAACAGUCUGAAAAGAGCUUGUCUUUGUCUGUUUUGUUAUUUUGAAUGAGAGAGAGAAUUUGUGAUGGCAUUUUUUUAGUGUUUAAGAUAGUCUCUUGCUAUUCCCAGACAUGCCGAUAGUCAGUCUGAUCCACUUUACUGCAUAAGCACGUUGUUCUUUUCUGGUACUCUUUUCUUCAGGCUUUAAUUUUCUCCUCUGUACGCUUACUUUCCCUCACAAUUAUGAAUUGUUUCUUACAUCAGAGGAGUCAGGAAUGGUCCUUGCUUGCCAUAUUUAUUUAUGUUUCUAUGUAAAGUGUAGUAAACAAAUCCAAUCCUUUUGUUUAAAGUAGUCAUAAAUGUACCUUUCUACAUAAAGUUAAAAAAAGAGAAUAGCAUAAAUUUAAUUAAAAAAAUAGCACUGCACACUUUGUAAAGCAGAAAUUCAGUGAUCUUUGUUCUUUGAGAGAACAGCAUACAUCUUGUUUAAUUUCCUCCUCUUUGAUACCAUUGUAACUAAUAGUAUUUGCAGUGUCUCGUUUUCUUUGUUGGAUGCAUGUGAACUACCAGCUUUCAGAAUGCUGGGUUUCUACAUUUGGAGUGCUUCUCCUGAUAAAUGCUGUUCUACCAUAUUGAAGCUGGGUCAGGGCUUCAGCACAUCCAUGCUACUCUGGAGAGACAGAUGAUUGAUGUUUCCUGGCAUUUAAGUCACAGAGCAACUGCUUUCUGUUAAUACAAAAACAAUUUGCAAACUUUUUUUUUUUUUGAUUCUAUAUAGCCAAGAUAUCCUGUGUGAUGAUACUCAGCAGUUUUAAGGAGUUUGUGUUCCUAGUAGUUAAUCUUAAACAUCUUGGUCUUGUGUUUUGCUAAACAGAAAAUAAAAUCCUAAUACGCACUCCCAUAGGUCAUUUACCAGGAUGAACUGUGAACACUGUUGAAGACUACAAACCAAACAUUCAUUGUCAGACCAAAGGAAACAUAAAAAGCUUUCUGUACCUGGCUUUAUGUGAAACAGUAGUCAGCUACUGAAGAAAUGUCUAGUUACACCUCUCCGUGCUGAAAAGAAAAUUGCCAAAUGUCUGUCAAUGUGUCACUUACACCUUGAGCAUCCAAGGUAAACAGGAACAUGGAAACAUGAGUGAUUGAAUUGAUUCCUUUAAAAAGUUAAAAAUUCUUUAUUUAAUGGUCAUAUUUGUAGCUCUUGAUUUUUAAAGAAGUAAAACAAUGUGACAUUUUUAAAAGCUUUAGGAUAUGCCACUUUUUUUUUUUUAUAACCAUUUUGAUAUUGGGGGACUGAAGGCAUUGAGGGAUACUAAAUAAUCUCACUAAAACAUGAAUAAAAUACAAUAUUUUGUACUUCAGUAUAUUCUUGUUGGUGUCUUGCCUUAUUGGUAGCAUUCUGGCUGGUUGUUUCAUCUUUCUUGCAUUUCUACCAUUCUGUUAAAAACUAGUUUUUUUUUUUAAUAUACAUUUUCUGUAUGUUUCCUACAAUGCAUCUGAAAUCCUACAGCAUGUAGGAAUAAAGCAGCUGUGUGAGUACGGAGAUUAAUUAAAAACUAAUGUGAUCAGGUAAACGUAUUAAACUGUACUUUUUCAAAAUCUGUUCUUUUAUAAUAAAUUUUCAUGUUGUUGUGAAAUACCAGACCUUGUGUGGGAGGACUCCUCUCC